AUGUUGUUAACUCGCGCUAUAUCUCUUCUCUCAAUAUUUACUGCCGUAGCAUUUGCAGAAUUAGUACCUGUUUCUCCGUACACUGGCAAGCACAAGGCAAAUUGUCAACACUCGAAAUUAACAGGUGCCCUUGUUGAUGGGAGGAUCUACACAUUUGGUGGCUGUUAUGCUAUCCCUUACAUUAUCGACCCUGAUGAUGAAUCUGGAGAACCAUUCGGAAGAUACAAUGACCAUCAAAAUGUCACAGAGUCAUCCAAUGUCUAUGAUAUAGCUUCAGAUACCUGGUCCUUUGAAACUAACACACCUCGUCUACUGCGAGGCUCUUCCACUGUUACUAUCAACAAGGAUAUAUACUUUUACAACAUUGACUCCAAACCAAGAACGACACAACUCAAUCUAUGGAAAUACAGCACAGAUACCAAGACAUGGUCUGAACCAGAUCAGUUGCCAUUUUUGAUUCACGGUAGUUUAUUAACUUGCCACAGUAACGACAAAAUGUACUUUAUGGGCUCUCAAGAUGGCUAUCAAAGAAACAUUGUUCGCGUUCAGAAUUUGUUGAGCAAUCAGUGGGAAGAUCCCGUCUAUCUCGACAAGCGCAUCUACGCAAAGAAGCUUCUCUGUCAUGAAACGCAUAUAUCAGUGAUCGGUGAGAAAGCAGACAAGGAGGAUGACAUAGCGAUCUUUGAUUUUCAACGUGAAAGUACCUACACCCAGAACCUGAUCAAUGUCUAUCACAAUGGUUCUGUUCAAAUAGUAGAAAACUUCAAUAUUACCUUGGGACACAGCCGCAAUGGUGGAAUAGCUCAAGUAUUCCCGCUAAAAGAAUGGUUUUACAUAUUUGGUCUAGAUGAAUCAAACAGCGCUACUGAAAUCAGCAAGAUCAACACGUUGACUCUGGAAACUGUCAAGUUGGAUACGCUGCCUUAUGCAUUGACCAAUGUCUUGAUGGUGCCGACCGAAAAUGACGAAAUCUACUUGUUUGGUGGCGGAAAAGAAAAGAUAUCUGUUGGUAGGCCAGCUCCCAAGGAAGACCAAAACCCAUCAGUGCCCAAGAUCAAGACAUAUAAUCACAAGCUUAUUAUACCUCCUACUGAUGUGGUAAAAGAGAGUACAGGUGAAGCAGGCAAACAAGGUGGCCAUCUCAAGUUGCAAGCUCCAGAUAAAUAA